GCAGAUAACGAGACCUUCGGUUAAUUACGAUAAAACACUGAUAAAAGAGACUUUGGCUCUUGUUGGGCUGAGAGAUUCCCCGAGCGGCAGACGUGAAGACCAGAUCUCUGCGGCUGGACCUGCGCAUCCACUUGUUGAGUAAACAGCAGUUCACGGGGCUCGCUCUAUUUAAAGCGACAACAACAUGGCACACGGACUAGUCAGACGAGAGUCAGUGGAAACGGAGAUGCACAGGUCCGAGGACAAGGGGAAGAACUUCGUUCACACCAAGAAGAGGGGCUACGAUGUGACGCGAAACCCCCACCUGAACAAGGGCAUGGCUUUCUCCCUGGAGGAGCGUCUCCAGGUGGGGAUCCACGGCCUGCUGCCUCCCUGCUUCGCCAGUCAGGACAUGCAGCUGUUGCGAGUGCUCAAGAACUAUGACAUGAAGAGAGAUGACCUGGACAGAUAUGUGUUCCUAAUGGGGCUCCAGGACCGCAACGAGAAGCUCUUCUAUCGGGUGCUGUUGUCAGACAUCGAAAGGUUUAUGCCCAUCAUUUACACCCCCACUGUGGGUCUGGCCUGCCAACAGUAUAGCCUCAUAUUCCAAAGGCCUAGGGGGCUGUUUAUCACUAUUCACGACCGUGGUCACAUUGCUUCAAUACUACAGAACUGGCCAGAAAAGGACAUAAGGGCUGUGUGCGUGACAGAUGGAGAGAGGAUCCUCGGGCUGGGGGACCUCGGCUGCAAUGGCAUGGGAAUCCCAGUUGGCAAGCUGGCCCUUUACACAGCCUGUGGAGGUAUGCCACCACAGCAGUGCCUACCUGUGAUGCUGGACGUUGGCACAGACAAUGAGGCUCUGCUGAAAGACCCUCUCUACAUUGGACUGAGACAUAAGAGAGUGCGAGGCCAGGCCUACGAUGACCUGCUGGAUGAAUUUAUGAAGGCUGUAUCAGACAGGUAUGGAAUGGCCUGCCUGAUUCAGUUUGAAGAUUUUGCCAAUGUGAACGCUUUCCGCCUAUUGAGCAAGUACCGCAACAAGUACUGCACAUUCAACGAUGACAUCCAAGGUACUGCUGCAGUAGCAGUAGCAGGACUACUGGCUGCCCUUCGCAUCACCAAAAGCAAAAUGAGCGACCAUACCAUCGUGUUCCAAGGAGCAGGAGAGGCAGCGAUGGGGAUUGCUGAACUGAUCACCAUGGCCAUGGUGAAGGAGGGGCUCUCCAAAGAGGAGUGCAUGAGAAAGAUCUGGAUGGUUGAUUCUAAAGGUCUCAUUGUCAAGGGUCGGGACCACCUGACUCAUGAGAAAGAGAGUUUCGCACAUGAGCACCCACAGAUGAAGAAACUGGAGGAUGUGGUGCGGGAACUGAAACCUACAGCUAUCAUAGGUGUGGCAGCUGUUGCUGGAGCCUUCUCUGAGCAGAUCAUCAGGGACAUGGCCUCGUUCAAUGAACGCCCCAUCAUCUUUGCCCUCAGCAACCCGACCAGCAAAGCUGAAUGUACUGCUGAACAGUGCUAUACAUUCACAGAGGGGCGUGGCAUUUUUGCCAGUGGUAGUCCAUUUGAUCCCGUGACGCUGCCUGAUGGGAGGACCUUCUACCCUGGUCAGGGAAACAAUGCCUACAUCUUCCCUGGUGUGGGCUUGGGCGUCACUGCCUGCUCAUUACCGCACAUUAAUGAGGAAAUAUUCCUGAUUACAGCAGAGGCUCUUGCUCAGCUGGUGACUGAGGAGGACCUGGCAGAGGGAAGACUGUAUCCUCCUCUCAGCACCAUCAGGGAUGUCUCUUUCAAACUGGCAGUCAAGAUCAUUGAGUUUGCCUACAAGCACAACAUGGCCACACUUCGCCCUGAACCGUCCGACAAAGGAGCCUAUAUACGCUCACUGUCCUACAGCUCUGACUAUGAUGACUUUGUUGUUGACUCGUACCGCUGGCCUGAGGACAGUAUGACUGUGCAGUCAUGCAAACUUUAAUGCACUGGACAUAGAGACCCUGGGAAGGCAUGGUGACUACUGAUGUGCACUGUCAUCAUCAAGAUGUGAUGUUGGGAUAUGAGAGAAGCUCUGUUUAGAAUUUUCUUAUUGAUAUGCAUUACUGUGAAAAAAGGGACGACAACACACAAAUAUUGAAAAGCACUGGAAUGUUUUAAAAAAGUACUGGAAGACAAAGCAGUCAUGAAGUGUUGUACCAAAGGCAUCUUUUCACAAUAAUCUGAGGAAAGUCUGUAAACUGAUGUUGCAUUAUGACUGUACCAGUGGAAAUCAAAAAAUUCUUUCUCAAAUAAACAUUGUUUGAUUAAUAUUU